AUCCAAAACAACUCCAUUUGUCGGGAUCGGAAUUCGGAAUGGGAAAGAAAAUCUUCGCACUCGAUGCGAAGAUGAGAAAUCCUAUUUUUUCAUGUUUCAGAAGAGAAAUAUGCAGAAAAAACUUAAGGUUCUUUCAGACAGCAUGCUCCAGUUCUACUGCACCUUCAGUAGUUUCGUUUUCUGAGGUGAAAUGCAAAAGAUGUGCUGAAAGACAGAUAUGCCACUCUUGGUCAAAGAUAAUAACAGCGAGGACAUACCUACAAAGAAAAGAUUUGCAUACUAUUCAGUAUAGUGCUAGGAGAAACUUUAGUACCACUUGUAUAAAGUUGGAUAAAGAAAAUGAGAAAAAAGAUGAAGGAAAAGAAACCCAGCAGUCAGAUGAAAGUGAUCCCAAAAAUGAAAAACAAGGAAAAGAGGAUAAAAGUCAAGAUGUUUACGAACUAGGAUUUUUAGAUGGUGCCUCUGACUCCUUACUUGCUUUGCUUAUGGUUGGUCUCUGUGGGUAUUGUCUUCUGGCAGUCGAAGAUCCCCAAGACCAAUAUUCGUACAGCGGAGAAAUUCCAUGGACAGAAUUUCUGGACUUGAUGAAACAAGGAAAAGUUAGAAAAAUAGUUAACCUUGACAGGGCAGUUCGUGUAUAUUUAAAUGAAAGCUAUUCUGGAGAACAUGUCAAUAUUCCAAGUGGUUGCUGGGCAAAGUUACACACAGAUAUGCCAUUUGCCAGUUUUGCAUCUUAUGUCAGAACUUUAGAAAAACAGAACAAGACUGCAAAUCGGAUCAUCUUGAAUGAUGGCAUAAGAACUACUUCUGUGAUGUUCUUGGUACUUUUGGUGGCAUAUAGUGCUGUGAUUAUAAGAAGAAUGACAAUUUUAUCACAGAUGCAAAAAAAUAUGAGACAGCACAUAAAACCAAAUGCAAAACCAACAGUAAAUGCUGAACAGAAGAUGGACAAUAAUAAUUUUCUGAAUUUCAUGAUGGCUGAGGAGGAGAAUGUCCCUGUGGACGACAAGCCAAAGUUCAAGUUCAAGGACAUUGCAGGCAUGAAGGAAGCUAAAAUAGAAGUUAUGGAGUUUGUGGAUUACUUGAAGAAUCCACUCAGAUAUCAGAGGUUAGGUGCUAAAAUUCCACAUGGAGCAUUAUUACUAGGUCCUCCUGGAUGUGGGAAAACACUUUUGGCUAAAGCUGUAGCAGCUGAAGCAGAUGUACCGUUCUUCUCAAAAGCUGGGUCAGAGUUUGUGGAAAUCUAUGGAGGCCAAGGAGCUUCAAGAAUAAGAGAACUUUUCAGGAAGGCUCGAGCCAAAGCCCCCUGUAUCAUAUUUAUAGACGAACUGGAUGCAGUUGGAAGAAGUCGCAGUGGCAUGGGAGCCAUCAGCAACACAGAAGAAGAGCAGACUCUUAAUCAGCUCCUGGUGGAGAUGGACGGAAUCAACACUACUGAGGGGGUGAUCAUGUUAGGGGCCACAAACAGGGUGGACAUAUUGGACAAGGCCUUGCUACGUCCUGGAAGAUUUGAUAGACACAUCCUUAUAGAUUUGCCUUCAGCAAAAGAAAGAGUGGAACUUUUUGAGAUGUACUUGGCAAAGAUUAAGACAGAUUUCUCCAUCUCGGAAUAUGCACCAAGAUUGGCCCAGCUUACACCUGGAAUGUCAGGUGCGGACAUUGCCAAUGUCUGUAAUGAAGCAGCCAUUUACGCUGGUACAAAUAACGAGCACACUGUGAGCCGGAAAGACAUGGAUUACGCUCUACAGAAGAUCAUAGGAGGAACGGAGAAACGAUCGUACGUUAGAGACGCCCACGAAAAGAAAAUAAACGCCUACUACGAGGCAGGAAGAGCAUUGGUGUCAUGGAUGACAAAGACGUCUGAUGCUAUUCUUAAGAUCUCGAUAGUACCCAGAAGUAAAUACAGACUAGGACAUUAUCAGUAUUAUAAGCCAGAGAGAGACCUCCAAACCAAUGUGGAGCUGUUUGAGAAGAUGUGUGUACAUUUAGCUGGAAGCACAGCAGAGGCUUUGAUCUUCAACCACCACUCAUCAGCUGCGGAAAAAGACCUGGAUAUUGUCAAAAGGCUGGCUUACUUACAAGUCCGAGAGUUUGGGAUGAAUGACAAUGUGGGUCAGAUCUCGUUCCACUUUGAGGAGGGGGAUGAAAAUAUGCCCAAACCUUACAGUAAAUACAUGGAGAACUUGAUUGAUAGGGAAGUAAGAGCACUGGUAUCAAAGGCUAGUUUACAGUCAAAGAAAAUCUUAGAAGAAAAUAUGAAUAAAGUACACAAGAUUGCUAAGGAACUGAUGGAAAGGGAGACUUUGUCGUAUGAAGACAUUGAGAAGCUAAUUGGUCCACCUCCCCAUGGAAACAAAAUGCCAGAGGAAUAUAUGAAUUUAAGUGCACCAUCCAGUGAAACACCUACCCCUCAAACCAUAUAAACUUUUGAUUUAUUAUGUUAUGACUCUGUCUUUCAAGUGCGAGUAAGAGAGUGAACAAGAGUGCUUUGUAUGUUAUUAAUAGCUGUUUUUAAUGUUACCAGUCUGAAUUAAAAAAAUAAAAGUUUAAAAAAUGUUCUAAA